AUGAAAAGCUAUGAAAAUUCAAAAAAAUAAAGUCCUUCUUUGAUAAAUUAUACCAAUAACAGUUUUAGUAAAAAGAAAUAAGAUCCAAGUAUUUUAAUAAUUAAAUUUUUAUAGUAAAAUAAAGUGGUUGCAUAUAUAAUAAUGAAGUUCCUCAAUCUCAAUAAGAAUUAUAAAAAAUAAUCCAAAUUUAUUAAAUCUAAUAUUUUGAUCCUUCUAUAUAACUUCCAUAACCAUUAGAUAUUUAGAUUAGUUAUGAACAUCUCAUAGAUCUUUAUACAGAAUUAGAAUAAGAAGUUACCUUUAGAAAAACAACUUUUAAAGCUAAACAAUAUUUUGCUUCAAAAGAUCCAAGAUAUUUAUAGAUAAACAAAAGUAAUCUAUUCUUUCUCUAAUUUCUAGAUGAAAAAAUUGAGGCUAUUUCUUAAAUAGAAGGAUGGAUCUUAGGAAAAAAUGAGUUUGGACAUAUAGGCUGCUGUGCCUAUUCUUAUAUACAAAAAUUAUGA